GCGCUGCUUAGCGGCCAUAGCCUUGGCGUUAGCCGAGCACUGGUACUGGUCCAGAAGUGUGCUGAGCUCCGCCACCGCCCCUUUCACCAGAGUCUCCAUUACAGCAGAUAACUGACUCUCUAAAGUCUCCAAACUGAACAUGCUUCACUGAAGACUCCAACCUGAACGCAGGACACCAGCAGCCCCUGAGGGCGCCACGAGAUCAUGUGACAGAGCUUUGAUCAGCACAUACAUGCCUGCGUGCCGGGCUCACCGCUCUGUGCUCCAUCUCACUCUCAUCACUCAUGCAGUGGCCCAGUGACAGUGCCUCCCUGCAGCUUUCCUGUGUAUCCUGAAUGCCAGGAGGAAGGAGUGGGCUGAGACUGACGCCUUUCUCUCCUUUAUAAAUCAGGCUUUAUGAGUUGACAUAGUGUCGUUUGUGCAUUAGGCCUUCCCCCACUCCAAAACAAUUCAAAGAACAGUUUGUUGGUCUGUCCCUCGUUGGCACAAAGCAGCUCUUUCAGCCUGAGUCUGAGUCUGAGUGUAGGAAGUCUUGUUUUGUCUCAAUCCAAUUCAGUUUAACAAAGCUUUUGAUUAUUUGAUUUAAAAACAUGCUAUAAAUACAAUGAGUACAAAAAAAUAGUUCUACAUAGUACAAUAGUUUGAAUAAGCUUACUUCCAACAUAAGGGAAUAAAAACCUGAAUUGUAGGGGCAAAUUAUUAGAAAAUGUUCCCAAAAUCAGAAAUCUUUGGUAAUAUUUUAUAUUAGCAAUAUAGCAAAUGACUGUAGUGUAAAAAAGGCCUUCUGAACCCCACAGAGAACUAUCACCAACUCUGCAGCUAAGCUUUUCAGCCUAUUUUAGUUAAUAGGUUUGGCUUUAUGGCACAUUUAGUGUAUGGUCAUCAACCUCAUGUGCCGAAGCAAACUGCAAGCAAAGUAAGUAAGUCAUUGAAGAAAAUGGAACAUAGCAGCUGUGUCCUUCCGUGGACUGUAGAAGAUGGAGCCUAUACGGGUGGGGAAGUGUACUGGUCUUUAUUUGCCAGCUUUUUUUGUUUUCCUGAGAUCUGAAGUUUUAUUUAAUCAGCUUCAUAUAAUUUUAGUUGAUGAUAAUGGACAUUUUAGUCCAGUUUUCAUUAAGUCAAUCUUAAACAUUACAAUGACACAUUAUCAUCUUACUAAGUUGACAUGGAAAACUUGUUAGCAAACAGCUGUCUAUUUAUACAUUCAGCAGACACCUGAGGGAAAUAUCUGGCUCUUUAGCUGCUAAAUGCUCCACAGUGUUCACCAGCUCGUCGCCAACUGUGUCUGUCUGCCGUUUUGGUUCUGUGCAGGUAACAUGCAGUGGUUUUUCAGAGCUUUUUUUGUUUUUUUAAAACAGCUGCCUUCUUUGCCUGAAAACAAUGCAAGGGGGGCAUAAACUCUCAAUUUCUCCUUUCCACCAACAGGGAACCAGCUCUGUUCCAGUUCACACACCUAGUUUUGCACCAUUCUGAGUAUUUUGAAUUUUUGGUUUGGAACCUGAAAAGUUGUUUCCAAAAAUAGUUUUUCUUGGGAACCAAAGUGUGCAUGUCACAUUCUACAGGUCUUUCUCCAGCUCCAGACCUCCUCAGGGAACAUCUGACGCACAUCAGAACACUAGAGGCCCGGCAGAUGUGGAUUCAGCUCUUCACCACUCCUGAGUUUUUAAGCAGCCUUCAUCAGAUCUGGUUCUGGGCUCUCAAGAUUUGGGAUCUAGACCUGCAGAAAGGGAUUUAGAGUCUCCACCUGAUGAAAUCCUGUAUGAGUAUGGGGGCGAGCCGAGUGCUGCAGCUGUCUGUUUUGCUGGUGGGACUCUGUGCCCCUCCACCAGGUGAUGCCUCCACAUCACAGGAGGCAGGUGAGGUCCCCGUGUCCCAGCUGAGGAUGCUCUCGCUGGGACUGGCUCACCUGCUGCGGGGGGUGGAGGAGAACGCCGGGCGGCUGGAGCAGCAGGGAGACCAGGUGGCAGCAGAGCUGGACGGGGCCACAAAGAGUCUGGAGGGCCUUCAAAAGCAGAGUUUACAGUCAGCACGGACUCACAGGCAGGUGAGGAAGGACCUGCAGAUACAGAGUGCCAGGGGGGACAGGCUGUGGAGGGCGGUCAGAGAUCUGCAGAAGGGGCUGGACGAUCUGGAGAUGGAGCAGGGAGCCACGCAGCACCAGAUGAACCGGAUCCUCCAGAGACUAAGGAGCCUGACCGAGCCGACUUUGGGGGAUCAAACUCAGCUGGAUAUCAACAACACUAAAGUUAUCAUGGAUAAACAGGCCCGACGGCUCGCCAGUCUCACCGCAGAGGUUUCAGCCCGAGACCGACUCAUUGACAGACGCCAGCGGCACAUUGACCACCUGGAGAGACAGGUGUCUGAGAGGCUCCCAGCAGCAUGAGGGAAGACAUGACUCCGACUGGUGAGCAGCUGCAUCAACACAGCGACUCUGAACCAAUCCGCUCUCGCUGAAAAAGACUUAAAGCCGACAGAAUGAACUGCUCUGAAACAAAGGAUGUGUCACAAUCAACAAACGCGUGUGUAAUACACACUGUGUUAGAUAAACAGACAUCCGGGUUGCUUUCCAACACAACCUGUCGAUUACAACAAAGAACUCUAUUACAGGUUGUGUUGAAAACUAUCGUCAAUGCGUGUUGUCCUCCAUUUCAAACUGGUUCAGAAAUAAAACCUUCCUGUUACUGAGUCAUCAUGUUGUGGCUCUGACUUCCACAAUAUUGUGGUUGAUGGUGGUGGUGAAACGCCUUGUGAAGAAACUUGCUCAUACACACCCAAAUAAACUGAGGAAACCUUCAGGCUAACAACACUCAUCAUCGAAAAAUAAAGAGUCAAAUCACGUGAAAGAACACAGUAAUAUGAAUAACAGUUGAUUGGCAAAAUAUCCAGCAAAGACAGUGGGAUAUUAUUUCAGUAGGUUAUGAUAAAAAUAGUGGUUCACGCUGUUUACAGCCUAUAUACUGUGAUUGUGACUGUACACAAUAAUAAUGAUAAUAAUAAAAAUAAUAAUAACCAUUACAUAACAUGACAUUUUUUAGACAUGUUUAUCUAACUGUCCUUAUAGGUCAGGCUCAAGGCACUCAGUCUUUUAGUCUUACAAUCAUCUUUGAAUGAAAACAUGAUAUGAUAGAGAGAGUCCACCUGUUCUCACAGCAGUUUACUCUGUUUCAUUUUCUAGAAAUUACUAGCAAUUUGUGUCCUGAAACCAAGUGACAUCAUUUCAUUAUUUUCAAGGGGAAUUCAUCCGAAUUUACUCAUCAAAGUGUGUUUACACAUUGUGUCGUCGGGGAGUACUCUAAUCUAAAUCCACUAUGACGUUAACCAUUAAUCUGUGGUGGCAUUCUGGCCGUCGCUAUGUUGAUUUUUUGGAGAUAUGAGUCACCAUAUUUGUAGUCUCUGUCCUGACUAGAUCUGACUGAGAACCCAAAAUCUGGGCAAUUUUAUACCGGGAAAUGCACCACUUAACAGCAUAUCUUUAAGAAAUCUAUUCAAAAUGUAUGUAUUGUCAAAAGAUUUUAAAGAUAUUUAACAUAUAUAUAUAUAUAUAUAUAUAUAUAUAUAUGUGUGUGUGUGUGUGUGUGUGUGUGUGUGAUUUAAAUCUCGAUGUGAUAUGAGACAUGGUUCCAGUUGUUUUGUUUGAAAUAAUUUGAUUGGCUUCAGCUCCUGUCACUGUUUAAAGGUCUCAUUCACUGAAGGCCCCCUGAUUGUUUUUUUCUCACCCUAAUGAUGGAACAUGAUUAUCUAAUCACCAUUAGAGCCACCAAUUAGGGUGUGGCCUAUAUAAAAUAGCAGUGCCUGUGUCUUACUAUGACUGUUGAGCUUGACGAAGGCCGAAACAUCAUCAUCUGAAUAAAAAACUAAUUCAUAAGGAACAA